UCCCUCCAAGCUAGCAGCUAGGUCGCGGCUGGUGACCCGAGAAGAAGAGAUCGACGACUGAAGAAGAAGAAGAAGAAGGGAAUCGAUCGAUCGAGACUACCGGCCGGAGCAGAAGAGGAAGAUGCUGGCCUGCAUCGCGUGUGUGAAUAAAGAAGGCGGCGGCGGCGGCCGGGACCGCGAUGACGCCGCGCGGUCGGCCGGCGACACCCCGACGUGCAGGGAUCCCGUCAAGUCGCUCACCUCCCAGCUCAAGGACAUGGUGCUGAAGCUGUCCGGCACGCACCGGCAGGGCGCGCAGCACAGGCGCGGGGGAUCGCCGCCGCCGAGGGGCCGGGCCACCUCCAUCUACCGCAGCGGCUACUACCGGCCGGGCGUGGUGCAGGACGACAUGGCGGUGCCCCCGGCCACUUACCUGGGCGCGUCGAGCGCGAGCUCCACCCCGGCGUGGGACUUGCCCGGCCGCGCGGAGGGCGAGGCCAGGGAGUGGGCGGCGCAGGUGGAGCCGGGCGUGCAGAUCACCUUCGUGUCGCUCCCCGGCGGCGCCGGCAACGACCUCAAGCGCAUCCGGUUCAGCCGCGAGAUGUACGACAAGUGGCAGGCGCAGAAGUGGUGGGGCGAGAACAACGAGCGGAUCAUGGAGCUCUACAACGUGCGGCGAUUCAGCCGGCAGGUGCUCCCCACCCCGCCGCGCUCCGAUGACGGCGAGAGGGAAUCGUUCUACUCGCAGUCCCAGGUGGGCUCGAUGGCAGGAAGCCCUGCCGCCACCCCGUCGCCGGCGCCGCUCACCCCGGACAGGAUCAGCUGGGGCGCGUUCGCGCGGCCGGCGCCCCCGCCUGGCGCCGCGCGGCAGCACAGCUUCCGCCCGCUCUCGCCGCCGCCGCCGUCCUCGUCCAACCCAUCAGAGCGGGCCUGGCGGCAGCAGCAGCAGCAGCGGCAGAACGGAGGAGCAGCCGGCAAGAGCCCCGCGGCCUCAGAGGCCACCGCCACCGAGGCGGCGAGGACGACCACCUCGUCGAGGGACGACGUGUCCAUCAGCAACGCCAGCGAGCUGGAGGUGACGGAGUGGAUCAUCCAGGACGAGCCCGGCGUGUACAUCACCGUCAGGGAGCUCGCCGACGGCAGCAGGGAGCUACGCCGCGUCAGGUUCAGCCGCGAGAGGUUUGCAGAGCUGAAUGCGAAGCUGUGGUGGGAGGAGAACAAGGAGAGGAUACAGGCUCAGUACCUUUGAAACAACAAAGACUGAAUUCGGUUCUGCAGAACUUGGUGAUCUGUUGCUAGGGGCACAUCAUAAUCUGGUAUAAGUAUAUAUAUUAGAGUUUGUGUUUGAGUUUGGAGAGGAGAUGGGGGGCUGGAGAGAUAGGGGGUGAUUAUUUUUGGAGCCGGGAAAGAUAGGAGGGGAUCAGGAGACAAGGAAAUGUCCAUGCAUGUUUAGGGCACCUGGCAGCCCAGGUAACUUGUGAUUGGUGUAUCGUGCUAAAGUUUUA